AUGUUCUCGUGUUGUGAUGACAUCAGUCACUCCAAAGAGCAGAAAAAGAUGAAUAAAAUGAUUGAACAGUCGCUGAAGAGGGCGAAGAAGGAGGCGAGGAAUGAGCUGAAGCUGCUAUUGCUGGGAACGGGAGAGUCGGGCAAAAGUACAUUCUUGAAACAAAUGCGAAUCAUUCAUAAAGACGCCAAACUCGAGUUGGAGACCGAGAGGAAGGGUUACGUGCCGUACGUCUACCACAACAUUGUGGUCGCCAUUCAGGCCAUUAUCAACGCGAUGUGCGAUUUGGACAUUCGCUACGACAAUGAGUUGAAUUAUUGUAACUCCAAGUUCUUGGCCGACAUUCACGUCGACUACACAACCAAUCACUUGACACAACUCACCGAUCAGACGGUGGCCGCCAUAAAGGAGUGGUGGGACGACUCGGGAGUGCAGAAGUGCUACAAACGCCGAAACGAGUAUAAAUUGAGUGAUUCGGCGAAGUAUUACUUCGACGACAUUGACAGACUGUCCGCCAGGGACUACACGCCCACCAAACAAGACAUACUACACGUCCGCAUACCGACAACCGGUAUCAAUGAAUACACGUUUGAGUUACGUUCGGUGCGGUUCCGAGUGGUGGACGUCGGGGGCCAGCAGUCGGAGCGGCGAAAGUGGAUCCACUGCUUCGAGAACGUGACGUCCAUUAUAUUCUUGGCGGCGCUCAACGAAUACGACCAGCGAUUGGUUGAGGGAAACAACAGUUUGUGCGAACAGAACCGUAUGGAGGAGUCGUUGGCUCUGUUCAAAGUGCUCAUCGCCUGCGAGUACUUCGAGAACUCUUCGGUCAUAUUGUUUCUCAACAAAAAGGACUUAUUCGAGGAGAAGGUCCACAACUCACACGUUGUCGACUACUUUCCCGAAUACAACGGCCCGUUGAGGGACCCGAUGCCCGCCCGAGAGUUCAUUCAGAGCAUGUAUUUGCAGUGCAAUCCGUGCGAAGACAAGACUAUCUACAGUCACUUCACGUGUGCCACCGAUACCGACAAUAUCAAGAAAGUCUUCGACGACGUCAAACACACUAUACUUCAGAUACAUAUCAAAGAUUUCAUGUUAGCAUAG